CGCCCCCUCGCCGCCCCGUACCCCUCGAGAGCAGCCCCAACACCGACACCCCGCCCCGCCUGCCCGUCCGCAAGAAUCCGCUCCUGCACACAGGCCCCAACACCCCCCUUGACGGCCUCCAAUAUGUCCGCCAAUGACGAUGUCGAUGCCUGGGUCGCCCAGCUCAUGCAAUGCAAGCCCCUCAGCGAGCCGGAGGUUAAGAAGCUGUGUGACAAGGUGAGUAAUCGUUAGAAUGAGCUGUGGGGCGAGGAUUGGGGUUGUCUGCAGGGAGACGCGUGAAGAGCGAGGUGGCCAUCGGGGUCUGUCAGAGGCGCCAGCAGGGCAUCGAACAACAGAAUGCCAAGCAGGCGAAUGGAUGCGGCUGUAUGCGUACGAUGCGGGAAUGGGGAGCGACUCGUUCUCGACGCCAUCCUGCCGAAUGGUGGGCGUGUUGUCCUCCUUUCUUGUUGCCGCGUCGAAAGCGUACUGCCUUUGGCGAGAUUCAGGCUUUGGCGAGAUCCAGGCAGUUGAGAGAUACAAAAGCACCGAGCUAACCAUCACUGUGCUCCUCUUCCUUAUCCCAUUUCAUCCGAUACGCCCACCCAUGACACGCCACGUCCUUCGCCCCGCCAGGCCCGAGAAGUCUUGAUGGAAGAGUCAAACGUCCAACCAGUCCGGUGCCCGGUCACCGUGUGUGGUGAUAUCCACGGUCAAUUCCACGACCUUUCAGAGUUGUUCCGAAUUGGCGGCAACUCUCCCGACACAAACUAUCUGUUCAUGGGAGACUACGUCGACCGAGGAUACUACUCUGUCGAGACUGUCACCCUUCUCGUCGCCCUCAAGCUGAGGUACCGAGACCGUGUCACCAUCUUGCGAGGAAACCACGAAUCGCGUCAAAUCACCCAAGUGUACGGUUUCUACGACGAGUGUUUAAGAAAGUAUGGCAAUGCCAAUGUGUGGAAAUUCUUUACCGAUCUGUUCGACUACUUGCCCUUGACAGCUUUGAUCGACAACCAGAUCUUCUGUCUUCACGGUGGCCUGUCACCCUCUAUCGACACCCUCGACCACAUUCGAUCUAUCGACCGAAUUCAAGAGGUUCCCCACGAGGGUCCUAUGUGUGACCUUCUUUGGUCAGACCCAGAUGACAGGUGUGGUUGGGGUAUUAGUCCUCGAGGAGCCGGUUAUACUUUCGGACAAGACAUCUCGGAAGCCUUCAAUCACAACAACGGCCUGACGCUGGUUGCCCGAGCGCAUCAGCUGGUCAUGGAAGGAUUCGCUUGGUCACAAGAGCGAAAUGUCGUCACCAUAUUCUCUGCGCCCAACUACUGCUAUCGAUGUGGUAACCAAGCUGCCAUCCUUGAAGUGGACGACGCUCUUAAAUACACCUUCCUUCAAUUCGACCCUGCCCCUCGAGCCGGCGAGCCCCUUGUCACCCGUAGGCCCCCAGACUACUUCUUGUAAUCAUAUGACGACACUGUCCACAAUCAAUCUCCGUAACGAUAUCCUCUUCAGACACAAUAUACCCAUAGGAUCGAUUCUGUCAAUCUGUUCUUCGCUGUUUCCACUUCGUUCCCGCCUUGCUUUCGCAUCUAUAUAGUAGAGAUUUGACACAGUAGACGCGCACUGCUCAAUCGGUGGCUUUCCAACAUUUAUUUCCCAUUCAUUUCUCUUCGCCUCUUUUCUCCGUGUCUGAGUGUAUAAAAUUGAAAAGUAUCAAAAGAAGGUCGCGGAAGUAUCAAAGUAGAAGGCGGUACACUCGUACAUGGAUCCCAACAGUCACAUUGAGCAUGCAAUCUCCCCGAUAGUAGACGGAAA